GGAGCCAGAGUCUGAGCAGGAGCAGUCGGGGGAAGAAGCCGAGGCAGAUGAAACACGUGUUCGACCAAUCGUGAGUGAGUCUCAGCUGUCAGUCAUGACCUUACUCUCCUGUUUUGAUAGCUUUCAGAGGCUGUUCACCUCGAGUGACUUUACUUCUUAUCUGACGGUAAAGUGGAUCUCUGCAUGUCCAGGAAAAACAAAUGUGUGUUUCCAAAAUUCCUCUUUAUCGCUCUCCUGGCCCUGCUCAUUUAAUCUUUGUAUAGACUUUAAUACAUGUAAUUUACGGGAAGCUGUUGGUCCUUGGUGGAGAAAUGUCCUAUUGACCCAUUGAUUCUCAGUUCUCUGGAGAUGUGGAAAUGUUAAAUCCACAUCAGAUCCACUUCGCCUGCAUCUCUGUAAAUGAUUCACGCUGAUACGAGUUGUCUUUUCCGCGAUCAACACGUAAACUAUAUAAGAGCUUUUUGAGGCAGAACCCCCUCCGGAACUCGUUAGCUGGCUUUUCUCAUUGAAACCUUCCACUCAGUGCUGUCGACAUGGAGAGUCUGCUCCGCGCCCUGGCCGUGCUGGCCGUGCUGUUCUUGGGGUUGUGCCAGCAGGGAGCUGUUGUGGCCGACCGGCCGUACUCAUCUUGGCUGUCUGUGACAAAUGGACAGCGGUGGGGAACAUGGAGGGGGCCUGAGAUGUGUCCUGACCAGUUCUUUGCAGUUGGCUUCAGUACCAGGGUGGAGGCCAAACAGAGCGGAGGUGACGACACGGCCAUGAACAGCGUCCGUCUCAUCUGCAGCAAAGACGGGCACCGGACGCACAUUGUGGAGUCUCACCCUGGCUUCUGGGGCGAAUGGUCCAACCCUCAGUACUGCCCGGGUGGCGUGCUCACCUCUUUCCAGCUCCGCGUGGCGACCCUUCGGGGCAUUUUCGCUGACGACACCGCCGUCAACAACAUCAAGUUCCGCUGCAGCAACGGCCCUGAGCUGGAGGGCAGCGGCCUGGACUGGGGGGGGUACGGCCAGUGGAGCCAGGAUUGUGUAGAUGGAGGAAUCUGCGGCAUCGAUACCAAGAUGGAGGACCGACAGGGGAAAGGGGACGACACCGCCCUCAACGACGUGCGCUUCAUUUGCUGUGCCAGAGUCCAGAAGGUAAUUAAAUUAAAGCCCGGGAAGAGCUGAGAGACUCAAAGUAAUUACCUCUGCCAAUGUUAUAAAACUUGUAAAUGGAAUCGAGAUAAAAGCAAAGUUUGGUUUAACAGCUGAAGGACGUUUGUGACUUUAUUCAAAUGCUGUUUAUGUUUUGUUCAUAAUCCUGUGAUGCUGUUUCUGAAUUUGUGCUUUAUGUUUGUUUUAUCGACAGUGAUUGACAGGUUAGCAGCAUGGUCCGCCCCUCCUCCCUCACCCUGAAUUAAAAAAUGACAAAUAAUAAAGUGCUCAUUUGAAUC